ACUUCCGAAGUUUGUUAGUUGUUUUUGAAAUUCAGGAGCAAACAAGUUUUUCACUAUUUCCGCUUUUCUUUUUUUGUAUUUUUUUUUUUAAUUUUCACUUUCUGGGUUGAGUGAGCUAGUUAAGUUCUGUAGGGAACUGAAAAGAAUAUUGCUGAAGUGUGUGGAAUCACGGUGACAGAAGAGUAUUCAGAGUUUGAUGUUGAUGUUGGUUUGAUUGAAUAGACCUUUGGAGGGGAUAGUUUGAUAUAUGCAUGGAAGCAAGAGAAGGUAUUAGUUCUGGGGUUACAGUGAUAGGGGCAGAAGCUCCAUCAACCUAUCAUGUUGCACCAAGAAGUGAAGCUCCAAGCCAGGGUGCUGUUCCUGAAGCAGCAGCUGCGGCGAUUGGUGUCUCACCAGUGAGUGCAGGAUUGGAUGGAACAGCAGUUAAGAAGAAACGAGGUAGACCAAGGAAAUAUGGGCAAGAUGGGUCAGUCUCUAUGGCAUUGUCACCAUUGCCAGUCUCAUCUUCAGCUCCACUUUCUAAUGAAUUUUCAAGCGGAAAGCGGGGUAGACCACAGGGGAUGGAGUACAAGCAGCCAAAAAAAGUUGGAGUGGAUGAUCUAGGUGACUCUGUUGGUACAAACUUUAUGCCCCAUAUCAUUAAUGUCAAUGCUGGCGAGGACAUUACAAUGAAGGUUAUAUCUUUUUCCCAGCAAGGACCCCGGGCUAUAUGUAUCCUAUCUGCUAAUGGUGUAAUUUCAAAUGUUACACUUCGUCAGCCUGAUUCUUUAGGGGGGACUUUGACCUAUGAGGGCCGUUUUGAGAUACUUUCAUUGUCUGGAUCAUUCAUGCCUACUGACAGACAAGGAACAAGGAGCAGGUCUGGUGGUAUGAGUGUUACUUUGUCAAGCCCAGAUGGUCGUGUUGUCGGUGGUGGAGUUGCUGGUCUUCUUGUUGCUGCCAGUCCUGUCCAGGUGGUGGUGGGAAGUUUUUUGCCAAGCAACCAACAAGAUCAAAAACCAAAGAAGCCCAAGUCUGAUUAUGCAACAACAACAACUGUUACCCCAGCCAUUGCAGUAUCUUCUGCACCAACCCCAACUAAUGGUGAAAAAGAGGAUGUCAUGGGUGGACAUCUAAUGCAAAAUGCUGGAACUCUUAACUCAAACCUUACUCCUCCAUCCACCUUUAGAAGAGAAAACUGGGUUAACAUGCACUCUAUGCCUGACCCCAUGAAGUCUGCUACUGAUAUUAACAUAUCUUUGCCUGAUAGUUAAGUUGAUAAUCAACAUGCAAUCAAGUAUUCUUCUAGUCUUGCUGACAACAUUCAUGACUGAGCUACUUUUUUUUAAUGUUUCCACUGUUGUUCUCUAUCGUGGAGAUUGUUUCAAACCUAUUGUCUAUUGUCUAUGACCAUAGGAUGAAGUAGUUGACAUGUGUUGUAAGUUGCAGCUAGGUUUCUACAUUUUUCUCUGUCUAGUAGAGUAUCUGAUUUCUCGGCUGAUUGGGUAGAUGCUGCAAUCUGAAGCAUUAUGAGUAGGCUAAUUCGGAUGUAAUGAAAAUUUGUUUGACCAUUUAUGACUGAAUUUGUUGAAGCUUUCAU